CACUCUUCCCCCCCCCCCCCCUCUCUCUCUCUCUCUGUCUCCCCCCUGGAGAAUAAAUCCAUCUGCUAGCUCGGACUGACUGCAAGAAACAGGAGACUGGGACGUCGACAGCAGCGCGGAUUUAUUGUGGCAAGCGACGCGGACUCAGCGAGCGUUUCCUCCGAAAUGGAAAAAGAAGUCCCAGUCGGCUUGUAAGAUGUAUCCUCACCACAGAGAAAGGGAGCAGCCCAUCUUCAGCUCCCGGGCCCAUGUCUUCCAGAUCGACCCCGGCACCAAGAGGAACUGGAUCCCCGCCAGCAAACACGCCGUCACCGUGUCCUUCUUCUACGAUGCCAACCGUAACGUCUACCGAAUCAUCAGCGUGGGUGGCACCAAGGCAAUCAUCAACUGCACCGUCACACCCAGCAUGUCGUUUACCAAGACGUCCCAGAAGUUCGGCCAGUGGGCAGACAGCAGGGCCAACACUGUGUACGGACUCGGCUUUGCUACAGAGCAACAGCUGCAUCAGUUCUCAGACAAGUUUAAGGAGGUGAAAGACGCGGCUCGCCUGGCGCGAGAAAAGUCGCAGGAUAAAGAACUGGCCAACACAGCGCUCACCAUCGCUGCUCCGCAGUUCUCCCAGGACCUCUCUGAUGAACUCCAGUCUCCACCGGUGAUGUGUGUGAACGGACCAGAGGACAAGCUGUUCCGCAGCCAGAGCGCCGACAUCACUCUGUCUGCUGAGAAGGAGCGCAUCAAGAAGAUGCUCUCUGAAGGGUCCAUCUGUGAGAUGAACCUGGAAUCAGAGCUCUUCACUCUGCAGGACAGCAACUCCAAGCUGGUGGCGGCGUUGCACGAGGCGAACGCCAACGUGGAGCAGUGGAAGAAACAGCUGGCAGCGUACCAGGGGGAGACGGACAGGCUCAGAGAUCAGGUGGUGGAACUAGAGGCCCACGGAGGCCACGGCCCCAGCGACCUGCUGAAAGAUGAGCUGACCCGGUCCCUGGAGGAGCUGGAGGCCCUGCUGAAGGCCAAAGAUGAGGAAAUCCACAUUUUGCAAAGCAAGAAGGUAGAGUACCACGAGAUGGAACACCACCGGGAUGAGGCCAUCCACAGGCUACGGGAGACGGAGAUGCGCAACGCGGAGCUGGAGCGUCGCAUCCAGAACUCUGAGCAGAACCUGAACAACUCUCUGGAGGAACGGGACCGCAUGGACUCUGGAAUCCAGAGGGCCAUCGAAAUUCUGGACAUCAAGAUCUUUGACCUUAACGACCUUCGACAGAGCUUGGUUAAGCUCAUAGACAAAUAGCUGGGAGGAGGGGGGGUGCGGGCGGAAAUGGGUCAAUAUCCAAGCCGAGGAGAGCGAUGGAACGGUCCAGGACAGGACCAGAUGGAGUCGGUCCCGGUCCUCUUGAAGCACAACCAGCGGCCCGCCUGCAGGGGGGGGGGGGGGGGCAGCAUGCACUCGGUUUCGCUUGUCCAAUCUAACGUAACGCUUCGUGUUGCUUUCAAGGGUAACGUUCAAUGCAAUAAACCAACUGUACGGUAAGUGCUAAUCACCGCUAGACAUUUAAUAUGAGAGUUGGCGAUUGUAGUUUUUUUGUAAGUUUGACUGUUUGUGCACCAAAUGGCAACGUGUGUGUCCGUCUGAUUAAGAAGCUUGUUUCUUUUUAUUUCUUUUGUUUUUUUUCAUCUUGAGAGCAAAAUGAGACCGCCGAGUUAAAGGCAAAUAAGAAAAAAAAAAAAAAGCACAACCAAAAAUGACAUUUGCAUAUUUAACAGCGUGCCUAAAAUAUGUCUUCUACUGAAUUUAACAUUCAAGUUUGAUUAGUGCAGAGAUCCACCUGUGCAUGGUCUUAUAGACACGCAUGUAUUAUUUAGACGCUGUUACUUUGUUUUGAGUUCCUUCCAUAGAAAUAUUUAUUGACACAUAUUCCAGGUUCCGUAAAGAAGAAUGCUACACAACUUAAACAUUAGAUCUUAAUAGUGACACCAAAGAUCAAAUAUGAGGAGCCAAGUCGUCGAUAAGAUUUCAGCAGCUUUUCUAUUAUCACAUCUUAAUUUUAACUCUUAAGAAUUCUUUAAAUCUAAGAUUUGUGACAGUAAUCUGUUGAUAGAUAUGAUACAAUAAGUAAUUACAUUUAGGGUGAAUAUGUUCUUUUUUCCCCCCCAUGAUAUAAGUCAAUAAUGCUACUGAUAGUCAGUAAACACAAGAAAUAGAGGCCAUCACUUCGAUCUACGUAUGUUUAACUGGUCCUGUCUUAGUAACUGUCCUGUGCAUCAUCUGUGAACACUAACUAACUUAUUUUGUGCAUUCAAGGAUCUUUACGAGACAUUUUCUGCCUUCUGUUACUUCUCAGCUCGUUACCUUUAGCUGUGGCCGAUGCGCCACACGCCUUGUGAGUGUGGCUCUGUUUGAAAAGUGAUUAAAGUCUUUUAUCACUCUGUUGGUUAAUAUAUUCCACGCUAUGUGUAUAUCUGUGUGUGCUUUUCUUCAAGCCUUAUGGUUCAGUCCGUCUCUCAGACAAGCUUUUGUCAGCACAGUCAGGAUAUAAAAGCAAAGUGGACACUC